UGAUGCACUCAAGAAUUGAAGCCGAACGAUGGCAAUGGCGUUACCCGACGAAGGUGGUGCCACGGUCGGCGCGCCGCCUCUGUCGCCACCAGGAACCGUCGUGGUAGACGAUACGUCCAAGGUCAUUCCGUGGGCGUACAUGCGCAAGGGAGAAUGGUUCAUCUUCUCCAAAGAAGACUGUGAGAAUCUCGAAGCAUGCCGCAACGUCAUGCCGGUGGUAGUGGACCAAGGUCGUUUGGAGGUGUCGGUUCAUGAACGCACCGUGUCGGCCGUGUUCUGGAAGGAAGGCCCAUACCCCGUCAUUCGAACGGAAUGGCUGUUUGAAUCUUCGGGAGGCAAGGUGUAUCCGUUUCCCGAAGAUGAAGCGACCGAGAUCAAUCGAUACUGGUCGUCCCUUCCUCGGGACACUGCGCAUUCGUUUUCGUUGCCCGUGGAAGACCACUUGACGUCGCAAGAGAUCAAGCUUGGCCCGUCCAAGUCGCCCACGGAACAAAAGAUCUCUGACCUCUUUCUCAAAUGCAGCCACACGCGGACUCGAAGGUGCAAGGCCAUCCAUCACGGGUACCACAGGUGGACAUCGCCUCCAUCAUCAUCGUCUCCGCCGUCACCCUCGUCGGCGACAUCCCGCCGCCGCGACGUCACGCAUGUCGUGUUUGUCGUGCAUGGCAUUGGCGAAACGUACUGCAAGAAGCGGCAGGCAGACGGCACGAUCGUCGACUACUGCUACGCGAUGCGGCAUUCCACCAACUCGAUUUUGAAUUCGCAUUUUCCCACCGUGGACACCGGCAUCGAGUACCUCCCCGUCGACUGGUCAGAUGUGUUGGGAGAUAUGGGAGACAACCUCCAUGCGACGCUGCAUCGUAUAUCGUUUGACGCGAUGCCGUUUGUGAGAGAAAUAUGCAACGAACUGCUCUCAGACAUUCUCAUGUACAUGGAACGCAAGCAACAAGUACUGUCAUUCGUUGCGAACGCCAUCAACACUAUCUUCGCCUUGUAUAAGCUCCGACACCCGACAUUCCAAGGCCAGGUGUCAAUCAUGGGCCACAGUCUCGGCAGUGUCAUCACCUACGACCUCUUGUCUUUGCAAGAAGACCCAUUGUUUCGGCUCGCGUUCGACCCCGAUGCGUACAUUGCAUUUGGAGCCCCCGUGGGUAUGUUUCUGGCGCUGCGAGGGCGCGGCGGCGGCGACACGCUCGGCCUGCCGACUGUCACGCGCAUGUACAAUGUCAACCAUCCGUCGGACCCGAUUUCGUACCGAUUGGAGCCGUUGGUGUACCCCCAGGCCAAAGUGUUGCCCCCCGUACGGUUGAACACGUAUUCUGGCUGGAAACGCAUCCAUCAUGUACGAUGACUGACGAUCAUGAUGCCAAUAUAUAUGGAAGGACGAGGAGGAGGGGGAUGCAUGACGAAUGAGUGGGAUGUAUGUGAAGGCGGUGCAAGACAUUGUUGAGUCGUUCGAGUCGAGCCAAAAGCAGUUUGCCAAGGACAUUGGCACGGCGUUCAACAGCUUUGGCAAGAUGUUCACCCCCAAGAAGAGCAAUCCUGAGACGGACGCGGACGAGGAGGUGGCGGGAGUGGAUGUGGUGGCGGCCAAGGACAUGACGGAUGUGAAUGUGCAGCUGGAAGCUAUGCUCGCGCGUCUGAAUCCCCGCGCCAAGCGCUUGGACUUUGUCUUGCCGGUACGUUGAAGAAUGCAGCAGCAUACGAUCGAUGGUGGUGGAUUGAUGUGGGAUGGUAGGAAUCGGAGAUAGAAGCGUUGACGCCGCUCGCCGCAUUGACGGCGCAUACCGGGUAUUGGAAUUCGAUGGACUUUGUCUUGUUCGUAGUGACACAGUUGGUCGACGAGGGCAGUAGCAUUAGUGCGACAUAGCGGCGCCAACCAACGUUGUAAGCCUGUCAACAAGUGUACAACCACAUCGACCUGUCGUAUUCUGUUGACAAAUGUACACGGGGAUGCACGACAGCACGAGAAACAUAGGGCAUCGACAUGCUUGAUGCAUCUCGGAUGAGCAGUCGACCCGUCCGAUCCGCCGGCGGCAUAUGGCGGCACGUCGGAUCCUGUCAACCGUCACCCGUUCGUUGAGUUUCAUGGAACGACGACGACGGUCUAUUUCAAUAAAACGCGUUUUAAUCGUCA